AUGUCGGGCUCUACUCAAACCAAGAUGCUGGUGGUGCCACCUGCACUCAAUCUGCGUCGAGCCAGCUCUUAUAACGCCCAGGAUCGAGGUCCAAUCUCCUCAACUUCAUCACGAUUUAACUUCAAUCACCUCUUCUUCUCACCGCCUGCCUCGCCAGCUCUUCCAGCGCUCGUACCUCGACCUCCGAAAAGAAGAUCGAGUCAAAUCCUGGUCACUCGACCGAGUCGAGUCUUCCGACGCCUUUUUCUCCUCGGCAUCCUAUUAUCGAUCUCCUAUCUCGCGGCCAUGGCUUUUCAGAACCCAAAUGUGAUCCCAGCAGCUGUAUGGCCUUACUUUGAACAAGAGGAAUUUGAGAUGGUUGGCCAAGAUGCCUUCCCAGACUUCCCCACGCCAAUCAUUGUCAAUGAUAACAAGGGCCGCUCGAAGUGGACUGUCUUCAUUCCACCAAACGUAGAUUUCCCGUUGAGUAUGGAACAGUAUGCUGAAAUGGGAAGUCAGUGUCGAGAGGUGUCAUCACGAGCAAGGGAUAUUCACAACAAGGGUCCCAUCACCGAAACAGCCAUCAUCAACUACGAUGCUCAAGACGAAUACUACGUGGACGUCUACGAAGCCGAAAGAUCCGGUCUCCUUACUCCUGCAAAGGGACUUCGUGCCAAAAACAAGGGCAAGUUCGUCGGAGUGGAUAAGAAACACCUGAAGCAUAAGCCUGUCUGCGAGAGCACCAUGACGUUUGUGCUGGAAUCCACAGAUGCCGGCCUUGGCAACACUCUCAUGAUGCUUUGGACCUUUUACGGACUUUCUAAGCAGCUUGGUCGUGACUUCUUCAUCGUAGACAAGCGAUGGGCCUACGGUGCUUGGGAUCAAAUAUUCGAUAUCCCCCCUGUACCAGAAUGCCGCCCGCCCCCAAGACAUCAUAUGGUUCCUUGCCCCUUCCAAGCUCGACAUUUGGUCGUCUCUGCUGCAACGGCAAAGGAAGUGUUUCCAGCCCUACUGGCACAGAACCAUCGUGUCGCUGGAACAGAUAACAGCUUGCGAGAUCUCUUUGAGCUGGCUCGCAUAGGGUUUGAAGACCUCUUCUUCCUGAACGAGGAGGAUCAAACCUACGUUGAUAAUCGCAUCACUGGUCUUCAGGCAAAGGCAAAGGCUGAGGACAGUCUCACGACACAUGCGCCUAUUGUCGGACUCCAUGUUCGCCAUGGUGACCAACACCCACUCGAGUUGCAGUACAGCGAAACUUAUAUCCCAGCCGAUAUCUACCUCAAGCAGGCUAGUCAUUACGUGGAAGAAUACUAUAACGCAACUGGGGUCGAGGGUCCCAUCAAACGUCACUCUCUCACUCUUCUGGCUUCAGACGAUCCCACAGUUCAUGAAGAACCAGAGUUUUCUCACACAAUUCUUUCCCAAGACCGAAUCCGUCUCGCUUCAAAGGGUGCCAUCGCUAGAGCUGGUGGUAAUCAGCAUCAGGCCAACAACUUUGUCGAGAACACAUUUGGCUGGGAAGGUGGUUUCUUCGCUCCCCUGUUCUGGAACCUUGGCGUAAACAGCCAGAACAAUGCCGCCGAAGCUCCUGCGGGAGUGCACGUUAAAGAUGUUAACGAGGAAGCCAGGCACAUGGCACCGCCAUCACAAGAAACGCUGAGGCUUCGUGGCCUCGUUGGCCGAGCUUAUAUGAUGGAUCUCGCAGUGCUCGCCGAGUCAAGUGACAAAAUAGUAUGUACUGUAAGCUCAAUGGGGUGCCGGUUGCUGGCUGUGAUGAUGGGCUGGGAGGAUAGUAUGGAAAAUGGUGGCUGGCACAACGUGGACGGUACCUAUGGCUGGACAGGGAUCGAUUGGUAA